CUGAUCGAAAGACAGUGAGCGACUACGAUUUGUUUCUUGUUUCAUUUCAUUCGUGUCAGAAAAUGGUGGUUAAUUUCAUAUAGGUAAUCAUGGCGAAUAUUGCAAAUCCAUUACCAUACCUUACAAAAAGGGAAUAUGGAAUUUUACCGGACUUUAAGUCUCAUUUAUUUAAAAACCGGCUUAAUGCUGCUAAGAACCUAUUUCGUCGAGAUUUGGUGUGUCAUUUUGGAUGUGUAAAUGCUAUUGAAUUUUCCAGCAAUGGCGAAUUGUUGGUAUCAGGUGGAGAUGACCGGAGGGUUAUGCUCUGGCAAUUUGGUCAGGCAAUCUUGAAUCGGGGUAAACCAGAGCCUAUGAAGGCUGUGCACCAGUCUAAUAUUUUUUGCCUCGGAAUUACAAGUGACAGCCAGAAGAUAUAUUCUGGUGGAAAUGAUGAUAUUGUAAUAGUUCAUGACUUGGAGAGUAAAUGUCCACUUGAAGUGCUCCAGCAUCAAAGGGCUGUAUGCAGCCUCAGCAUUGACCCUUACAAUGAACGUGUGGUCACAACUGCUGGCAAUGAUGGUCGCCUCCUAUUAUUUGAUACUAGACAGUCUGUACAUGAGUCCCUUGUCAUCUCUCGGAGCAGGAAGGCUUUCCAUGGUGUAAUGUUCCACCCCCAUCAGGUGGGUGUGCUGGUUUCGGCUAAUGCACGUGAUGGCGUCGCCCUCUGGGAUUUACGUUCCCCAAAACAUCCCGUACUACGCUACGUCGGGAACAACGGAACCUGUCAGAACAGCAUGAGCGUCCGUUUUAACUCGGCUGGGACGCACAUACUAGCAUUGCGACGUCGUCUUGCCCCAGCUCUGUACGCGGUGCACUCCCCGGAACCAGUGGCAGAGUUUUACCACCAGGAUUAUUAUAACUCUUGCACAAUGAAAAGCUGCUGCUUCGCCGGCGAGGGAGACCAGUUCGUGAUGUCGGGCUCCGAUGACUUUAACCUUUAUAUGUGGAAGAUACCAGAUGGUGGCGGUGACACUGGCGGAGGUAGUUAUGAUGUUGAGCCGCAUAUAGUUCUGUACGGACACAGGUCUAUUGUGAAUCAAGUGCGAUACAAUCCACAUUAUUGCCUCAUAGCAUCUUCUGGUGUUGAGAAAAUUAUAAAGGUGUGGUCUGCAUUGGAGUACCCACAAAUGCGUGGUGAUCUCCUGGAAGAAGCGCAGGGUUCUGAUAAUCCUCGGGAAAUAUAUAGUCACGAAGAUUACGUGUCGCUCGUGCAUCAUAGUGGGCAACACAUAUCGCACAAUUAUGCGGAACAGUCGACAAGUGAGGACCCACGGAUGAUGGCGUUUUUCGACUCGCUGGUGCAACGCGAGCUGGAGUGUCUCGCAGAGGAGACCGACUCGCUUGAUGGGUCAAGUUCUGGUGGCUCUCUUCACGACAACGAUACUGCGGACUCGUCCGAUAGUGAUCAAAUCGUAGUCGACUUUAUGCAGUUACCACCCAAACGAGCUAAUCAAAAUGGGGGUCGAAGUCAGCGAUGUUCGAAUAGAUUGGCGAGAUUAGUAGCGUCUCGUUUUUCAAAAAAUUUGCGUUCACAGAAAAGAGGAUCACUGAGGCGCUCAUCGAAAAUUGCAAUGUCCAGGCGGAGCAAGGAGCCGCGCUCGCUGGGCAAGUCGGGCGGCAAGUGCGCGGGCGGCGUGGGCGCGGCCGCGGGCAAGGGCAAGCGCGCGGCGGCGCGGCGCCGGCCCGCGCCCCGCGCGCUGCCCGCGCCCGCCCUCGCGCGCCCCGCCGCCCCCGCGCACGCCGCCGCCCCCGCCCACGCGCCGCACGCCGCCCACGCCGCCCACGCAGCGCACUCCGCGCCCUCCAGCGAGCGCACGGACUCCGACGAGCCCUCGCACUGCCUCUACAGGCAGUCCGAGAGGCUAAUCAGACCUUUACGCAGACGCAUGAACCUGACCAGAGCAUUUAAACGAAAAAGUAAAGUCACUAGUUAUAGGAAAGUUAUGAAUUUAAGAAGUAAUGGAGUGGCCAUAGCUCAAGACAGUAGUGAUAACAAUAAUUUUAACAAUUUUGAUAAUUUUGAUGAGAAUUUAUCUCUGCCUAGCACAAGUACAGGUUAUAGGGGUCAAAGCUCUUCCGCCCUAUUUCGAAUAGCGGAGGUCGAUUCUGACGACGACCAGUCUGUUGGCAGUCGGCCUAUAUCGCCUCGGAACCAAAACGGCAACCAAAGUAUACCCACAAACCUGAUUAGUAUAAUCCCGACGCCGAUCAACGGUUCUCGGGACUCGUUAGGUGACUCGCUCCGCGUUGAGCCAGCAGAAUCGGAGAGUAACAACUCUUCGCCACCGCCGCCACCCGAGAGCCGCCCGCGAAUGAAUCUGAGGAGAGUCAGGCGAAACGGUAGGUUAAGUCUACACCGCUCAGACUCGAGUGAGUCACCUCCUCCAAAGGAGCUUGUAGAUCGCGCCACAACAUCUGUCGAUGAUCGGUUGUCGCCGGGAGUCGGCUACAAUAGGACAGUGGCGAGAUUAAUGAACGAGACCAAUGAGAGCGAGUUAGAGAGCAGUUGUAGUACAGAGGGCAGUGCGUGGCCUACUCCAGGGGCGACGCAGGGGGCCGCGGGGCCGGUGACGGGGCCCGAGUGUACCCCUGACAGCGGUGUGGGCAUGGCGGCGGGCAGCAGCUCACGCAUCUCGCGCCCCGCCGACGACGUUUCUGACGACCCGGACUACCAAGCACUGAAAUUCAGACAGCGAGUGAAAAAGGCCCGGCGCAAUUACAGGAACCACAUGGACUCCGACUCGAACUGAACUGAUGAUAGAUAGAUUUAUAAAUUGUGUUUUAUUAUGAAGUUUUCUAGUUCUGCUAUGAGACUCCGAACAACUGUAUUCUUCUACUAUUGUUAUAAUGAUUGUUAUGAGACUGGACAAUUCUAGACGUAUCCUGAACUGUACGUGGGAUCUCUACAUUAAAUAUAUAUUGCAUAACCAUAAUUUAUAUGCAUGUAUAUGGUUAUAAAUACGCAUUUGGUAACGCAGGCGUCACGAGCAGAAGGAAUUUAGUACAUACAUUAGUUAUAACAAUAAGUUUGUCAAUAUUUUAUGACUAUACAAGUAAAUUUUUGUGAUUGUUAAUAUUUCAUAUUUAUGCGGGCAUGGUUGGCAGUCAUGCCAUGUAAUUAUUGCAUUGCCAUGCAAUACCAUGCAAAACCGUAAGAAUUGAACCUAAGUUGCAUUUAAAAUAUCAAAACAGAUAAUUCUAGGUAGUGUUUUAAUAUUAAGUUACUCAGUAUAGUAAGUAUUCUUACUUUUUUUAUGUAAUAAGCUUUUGACGACGUUUAUGAAAUAUAUAUUCUCUAUAUCUAUACAUUAUCAUAUUUAAGAAUAUUAAUACUCAAUAGGUAUGAUAAUAUAUAACCUAUAAUUUCUUUACAGACCAGAGCUUAUUUUAGAACUUGUUACUUCAUACAUUUAAAUUUAUCAAAUCGUUCUCUUGUUUGAAUCUUAUUACAAUUCGCGUGAAGUAAUUUUUAUCAGAAAGACUUAAUCCACUAGUACACCGCGUCCUGAUGCAUUGCUCACACCCAUUCUUUAAUGGGAUGAAAAUAGAAAAAACCCGCCUGCGCUAUUGAUAUAAACUGGCGGGAAACCAGUGAGAUGAUAAAUACAUAUGAAGUCGAAUCAUUUGGCCCAUCGUGGCGAAUUUACUAGGAAUUAACCAUGAUGACUUUCAGUGUAGACUGCUUAUUGGUCGAUUCUUUAAGGCAGGGGUUCUUAAAUUUUUAAGAUAACGGAACGCCCACCAAAUAUCUUUUAUUUUAUGGAAACCCAUAUCAAAUGACUACAAAUGAAAAACACUGUAAUUUAAAUAAAAAUAAAAGCUUUUAUUAAAAAUAUUGUAAACAUUUAUAGUUUUAUACUUUAUAGUUUCCUUUAAUUUUUAAUGUGAAGAAUGAAAUUGUUUCACUGUAUAAAUAAUUUCGCGGAACCCUGCAGACUUUUUUACGGAACCGUUAAAUUAAUUAAUUUAGGAAUUGUUGCUAUAGGCUAUAUAAUUAGUAAUGGUAGUAAAUUUCCACAUUACUACAUUAUCUCUAUACCCCUCGCCGUACUUUACUAUAGUUUAUCCUAUAUAUAUAUAUGUUUACAUUGUAUGUACGAUAUUCCUCCUAGUCAACAUGCCUGGGAUUUUUGCACAAAACGCGCAAACGAAUCUCGUGAUUUCUUUUUUUUUCAAGUAAAUUUUUAUUUUGUAGAGAUCCUACACUGUUUUGCUUUAUGUAUAGUUAUUAAUAUAUGUGAUGUAUUAAUAUUAAGUAUAUAGGUUUAAGAUACAUCAAUGUUCCCUGAAGAGGUUGUUAGCAUUACAUGCUGGUACCCAAUUGAUUACAUUCACUUGAAAAAUCAA